UAAAUUAAUCAAUCAAUCGUCUCCACAACAGGAGAUAAAGGGAAAAAACGACCGAGUAGCAGAGAGCGAGAAAGAAACCAUCCAAUUAUCAAUCAAUGGCGGAGAAGAGCUUCAAGUAUGUUAUCCUCGGCGGUGGCGUCGCUGCCGGAUAUGCAGCAAGAGAGUUCGCCAAUCAAGGGGUCAAGCCUGGUGAAUUGGCAAUUAUCUCAAAGGAGGCGGUAGCGCCUUAUGAACGUCCAGCUCUUAGCAAGGCCUAUCUCUUCCCUACUGGAACUGCAAGGCUUCCUGGAUUUCACACGUGCGUUGGUAGCGGAGGGGAGAGAUUGCUCCCUGAGUGGUACACUGAGAAGGGGAUAGAGUUGUUGCUUAACACAGAAAUAGUUAAAGCAGAUGUUCCCUCGAAGAUGCUCGUAAGUGCUGCUGGGGAAACCAUCAAGUACGAGAUACUGAUCAUUGCGACUGGUUCAACCGUGUUACGAUUGACUGACUUUGGUGUAGAAGGAGCUGAUGCAAAAAACAUUUUUUACUUGAGGGAGAUCGAUGAUGCUGAUAAGCUCGUCGAAGCAAUCAAAGCAAAGCCAAACGGGAAAGCUGUCAUUGUUGGAGGAGGUUACAUUGGUUUGGAGCUUAGUGCAGCUUUGAAGAUCAACAACAUUGAGGUUACCAUGGUCUAUCCUGAACCUUGGUGCAUGCCUCGGCUUUUUACAGCUGGAAUAGCUGCAUUCUAUGAAGUCUACUAUUCUAACAAGGGCAUCAACAUCAUCAAGGGGACAGUCGCAACUGGAUUCACUUCCGAUUCAAAUGGAGAGGUGAAGGAAGUUAAAUUGAAGGAUGGCAGGGUGUUGGAGGCCGACAUUGUUGUUGUUGGCGUUGGAGGAAGACCACUUACAGCCUUGUUCAAGGGGCAGGUCGACGAAGAGAAGGGCGGAAUUAAGACCGACGGAUUCUUCAAAACAAGCAUCUCUGAUGUGUAUGCUGUGGGGGAUGUUGCUACUUUUCCAAUGAAGAUCUACAACGAGAUCAGGCGAGUCGAACACGUCGAUCAUGCUCGUAAAUCAGCUGAGCAGGCUGUCAAGGCUAUAAUGUCGACUGUGACCGUUGAAGAAUACGAUUAUCUCCCUUACUUCUACUCUCGUGCCUUCGACCUGUCGUGGCAAUUCUACGGUGACAACGUUGGCGAAACCGUGCUGUUCGGCAACGACGACCCCAAGGCAGAGAAGCCCAAGUUCGGCACAUACUGGAUCAAAGACGGGAAGAUCCUUGGAGCCUUCCUGGAAGGCGGUUCCCCAGACGAAAACAAGGCAAUUGCUAAAGUCGCCAGGGUUCAACCAUCAGUUGAGAGCCUCGAGUUGCUCUCGAAGGAAGGCAUCGCCUUCGCCUGUAAGAUUUGAGGAGGCUCCAUUUUUCAGAGCAACAUGAAUUGUCCACAGAACUACUUGUAUUUCCAUUCCAAUAGCUUGUGAAUUGUUUCUGAGAUCACUCUUAUGGGUUGCGUUUCUCUCUUUGGUAUUUGUUGAGAUAGUACGGAGUUUCAUUUAUUGUAUGAUUAAAAUUCUGAUUUUACUUUAAUAAACAGAUGAAUUGAUCGCAUGGGCCUUUAUCUCGGUAACGCACAAUGAACUAACUACAAAUUUUGAUUCACCGUUACAAACAAGUGGUGGAACUUAAUUGCCAACUACAAAUGAAUUACAAAUUUGUUUAUGCCUGGUUCGUACCAGCCACCGGGCGGUUUUGUGAGACUCCACUGACUUCGUGCGGUCCUGGUCUGAUGAGAGGCGGUCCUCAAAGUCCUGCAAGAAAGGUCCUCAGGGGUAGCCCUGGGACCUUCUCUGAUGCCAAAGUUAGAGAGAGAAGUGAGUUGAGAGUAAAUAGGAGAGAGAAUUGAGUAGAUAGCAGUUACCAUAAAUGUGAUCCGUCAAUGAGUAUUUAUACUAGCUGGGUAUGGGAGUGAGGACAAGUUUCGUUAUGUCGGGCAACCUUACGUUAUGUCGGGCGGCCUUCAGCCGCCUCUUGUAAACAUAGAUCAUAAUAGCAUGGAUCUUAGAAUUAGAUGAUUUCACGAAUCGAUAAUAGAUCGGGAAAACCUACCUCGAUCCAUGACGAGAGCGGCGGCGGCGCUGGAGUAGUAAUCACCGGAAUUGAGUUUCUCCCUCUUGACCCCUUUAGGUUUUAGGUUUAGAGAUUUCUGUGAUGGCUAAGAAAUUCUACGUAAUGGG